UCAGCUGAUUUUCAACUGUUUGACUAAAUGCAGUAUGUGAUGCUAUAGACUGCAGUUCAAACAAAAGUCAUCGGCCUAUCGUGGCCAACCACACUUUUACCUAAUUUUUAUUUAUUUAUUGCAUUAUUCUCAUUAGAUAUUGAAAAUCUUCAAACUCAAAUUAUUCCUCUCUCUUUCAUAAAUAAGGCAUUAGAAUGUCGAAGUCAUCAUUUUAUUUCUACAAAGACCAGCUUGCCAAGUGUGGCAUAACGAAUGAACAGUUACACACGUUGGAAUCGUGGCUGGUGGGAGAGUUGUACUCGAUCGGUCUGGAUGGUCGCGUAUUUUCAAGAGACAUCAUCUCCUCCUUGCGACUUGACAUCAUCAACUUGAUUGAUGAACUAUGCCUUAUUGGCCACAACGUGGAGAGCUUUCGCCACCAUGUGGAUAAUUACAUAAGUAAUAAGAAUGUCGGUAGCAGUGUUGUUGGUUAUACGCGUGGAGAUGACGAUGCAGACAUCUCCGAUGAAUGGUACCUAAGGAAAACGUACCUCCUCAAACACUUCAAUGAUAAAACUGGACUGUCGGAUAACGAAAGUUUUAAGAAGAUCAUCACAGAGUUUUUGGAGAAGUUCUAUGAAGCUAGAAUUGAAUUGAAGAAGAAAAGAAGAGUUGGCAGCAGGAAGCACAGACAGUCCAAUCAACCACAUGAGAGAUAUGAAGAAGCCUUUCCCUCCUUAAGUAGUACAUGUGACCUGUUAGCAACAGUCAGCCAAGUCGGCGCUGCUUUAAACUGGGCUGCAGCCACAACGUCUUCAACGCAGGACGUCACUAAUUCAGUUGCCAAUGCACAAGGAACGAACGAGACAGCUGCUAAUCAUCGUCAGAAAUUGAAUCCUGAUUCUCUCAAGUGUGCUUAUGUCGGGGAGAUGACAGUGGGAGGAAAGCAGUAUAUCGUCAUGAGAAGCACACAGAACAGCACAACAAGUGGACACGCGUGUUCACAGCCAUUCAAGAAGAGAAGAAAGAGAAGGAGACAUGCCAGGUAUCCCAUUAACAAACCAACCCCGCCAAAACCGAGGCAGCCGGCUACACAGUUUCAUCCUCCUAGCAGUGGGGCGACAAAUCGAUUGCCCGACGAUAAUGAAGAUGAUGGAAGUGACAUACAUUCUCUUAUCCAGCUGACCAAGGAUUGCAGCAAAGAUAAAAUAAUUGAAGAGAGCCCUUUCAACUAUCAGUUAUUUUCAAUCGUUUCGAUGUGCCAGCCGUUAUUUGCUAUUGAUAAAAGAAUCUGGAAGGAAGUGGACAACAAGGUACUGCCUGGGGGAGGUAGGGAACGAGAUGGUGAAGUGAGCUUCGACCAGGUCGGUGCAGAUCUUGGCUAUCCUGGACGCGAUGAUCAAAUGCCAAGCGCUGCCGCGUUGUGGAACUCAUGGCUUGAAAGAAAUAAUGAAGAGGGAAGUAAGAACAAGGAUAAAAAUGGUGGUGUAGAUUCUGUCGCCGUUGAGGCUACUACACCGACUAUUGCUGAUGGAAUUGGCAACUUCAAGCAGUGUGACACCUCAAAGAGCAACUAUGUUCUGUUGGCUGAUGAUGUCGCUGGUGAAGGUGCUGCACUUAGUUGCCAGCGCAAUGAAAAUUAUGAUGUUGGUGAGAGUGAAAAAAAUAAAAAAGAAUACGAAGAGGAUAAUGUUAAUGGUGAUGAGAAUGUUGGCAAUCUUGAGGACCCUGUAAGUAGAGAUGUUAUCAAUGAUGUAAUGAAUUUCAAUUUAUGGAAAGGGAAUGAUAAUAACAAAAAUAAUGAUUUUAGGGCUUUGGGAAAUUAUGGUUUUGGUCAACAAAAUACUAACAACAACAGCCACUUUCGCAAAUCCGCUUCACUACCAAGGAACAUCUUACAGCCUAAUGUAAUCGGUCUGAAUCCUAGAUCUGAAAAUGAUGCAUCGAAAUUUACUUAUGUUAACCCUCCAAACGCUCCAAUUCUGGGUACACUGACACCGACAUUCGAUUUGCCAUGCAGGUCGCCAGCGUUUGAGUCGCCUGAGCAGUUGAACUGGUUUGUUGAUAAGGAAGACGAAGAGGAUAAUGAUAAUCACGAUAACAAUCACCAUAAAGAUGAGGAUGGUGACAAUCUGCAGGGCUGUGCAAGCAAUGGUGUUAUCAAUGAUUUUGCGGAUGUUAAUGCACAGAAAGGGGAUGAUAAUAACCAAAUUAAUUAUUUUAAGGGUUUGGAAAAUUAUGCUUAUAAUCAACAAACUACCAACAACAACCACUCUCCCAAAACUUUACCAUCAAAGAGCAUUUUGCAGCCUAAAGCAAUCUAUCCAAUGUGUCUUAGAUCUGGAAAUGAUACAUCGAAAUUUCUCCCUACAUUUAUUAACCCUUCUGGACUAUUCAGGUUCUUUCGGUAUUCUUUUCCAAUUCCAGCCACAUCAACACCGACAAUCGAUCAUCAAUGCACGUCGCCAGCGUCUGAAUCAGCCGCUGCAGUCGAACCUGGCUCCAGUGUAUUCAACGCCGGACUGCAGAUUUCAAACAGAUUUAAUACCGUAAGGAAUAAUGAUGCCAAUGGAUGUAGUGAUUUAUUGACCAGUAUAUUGGCAGAGGUCAGUGAUUCAAGCAUCAUACAUAAUAUUGAUGGAAUUCUUAAGGACGAGGAAAGCUACAAUAGCGGCGAGACAGAGGAAGAACUGGUGAAGAUUAUGGAGAACGUUUGUGAGGCACGCUGUGCAACACCCCUGCCCAGUUUCUAUGAGGCAGCUGCCAUGCAUCACCAACUUGGUGCCAUGCAGCACCAACUCCAUGCCGUCACUUCCUCCUCCUCAAGGAUUUGCGCUAACGUGGUGGACGAUGUCACAUCCUGUGCAGCUGAUGGUGCUGACCUGUGUGGUGGUGCUGUGCCAGAACUAUCCACCGAAGUCUCAUUAUCUGAAGCACUCUUGUUGAAUGCAGCAGCAGCAGCAGCUGCAAGUCAGAACAUUCCUUCCCAACAACAGGAACCAAUAGUAACGUCAUCAGCUGAACAGAUGCCACCAGCUAUGGACUCCCAGCAACCCGGAUCUACAUGGAGGUAUGACAAUUGGAUCUUUAGACAGAGCAAUGACACCAACGCUAACGUCAUCAACAAUAACAACGUUAUCAACCAGAUGGAGUUCAUGAGCAUUGUGAAUAACCUUCAGGGGGUCCUUAUCAAGCUGACGGCUGACCGGAUGUCCAUAGAUGUCAAUUUGACCAGUUUGAUCAACAUCAUCAACAGCUUGUUGGCGGCAGUCAAUAAUAACAUUGUUGACGCAACUAUAAGUAGCAACAUCAACGGCAACACCUGGUACAACAACAACAACAUCAUCAUCAACAACAACGUCAUCAUCAUCAUCAGAAACACCAUCAACAACAUCAUCGACGUCAUCAAAGACAUAACCACCAACUACAGCAACAACAUCGACAACAUCGCCAACAACAUCAACAAAAUCAUCGAAAUCAACAACGUCGUCAUCAGCAACAACAACUUCAGCAAAAUCGUCAAUGACAUCAUUAGCCACAUCAACAUCAUCAACAACGCCAUCAUCAACAACAACAUCAACAACAACAUCAACAACAUCAACAACACCUGUUUGCUGGUCGAAGAUGAACAAGGAGGACGUGAAAUUAAUGUGGAUAACUACUUCAACAGCGCUGUCACCUGCAACAACAGCCAAGAACAACAGCAAAAUGAUAGUUUAAGUGCACAACUAUGA